GGAUUUACCUCUUUACUUUGGACCAACAGAGCUGGACGCUGGAAUUCUUACAAAUCUAGGGAUAAAAUAUUCAUAUGUGGAGCAUAUGCCUUGGUCCAGAUCUGGAAUAUUUCACUCCCAAAUUUUCUGCAAAAUCAAGGUCUUUGAUGGUUCCAUUUUGGCAUUAGAAUCUUGAGACGACGCUUGAUGACUCGCUGCAUGAAUCGAUGAUCUCCUCCGGAUCCAUUUCUGACAUGGUUGGAUUUGCCAAGCAGUUUUAACCCUUAUUCUGGAAUAACGAUGCCCUAGAUCAAGGAUAUACUUACUCUGGAUUUAUCAUACCUUACUCAUCGGAAUUAUUUUGUGUGGAGAGCGUUUGAGGUCCUUCAAGUAACAUGGAGACGUGUCCAAAUACAAUUUUACCCAAUUCAUCGCAGCGGCAGUGGACUUGUCAUUUAAGCCAGCCACGCUGGCGUAGUUUGCCGUGGUGUGUGCUCAUCGUUGCUGUUUUGGUACUCUCAUCGUGCCAUGGGGGAAGGACUGAACAAGACCAUAUUUCAUUAUUUCAGGAUCUAUCUCAAGGGGUCUCCCAGGACCUACAAUUUGAAGAUUAUGAAAUAGCUCAUCCAGUUCAAGUAGAUUCCUCAGGGACUUAUCUUACACAUCAUUUAAAACCAGUGAGGAGGAAAAGGAGUAUACAAAAGAAGGAAAAUGAGAGGACAAAUACAAACAUUUUAUCAUCACCAAACUUUACAGACUCGCAGGAGAAAGAGCCUAAAGUUAAGCCUCAUUCUAGCGGUAGCAGCAUUCGUGGGAUUCAUGUUAAAUUUAAUGCAUUUGCUCAGGAUUUUGUGCUUGAACUGGUGGCAAAUGAAGAGCUCACGGCACCGGGAUUCAAGGUGCAACGGCGGAAGAAUGGCAAAACAACAGUCGAAGAGUACAUUCCUGAAAUCGAUAGCUGUCACUACCAUGGCAGGCUAACCUCUCACAAGGAUUCAUCCGCAGCAGUGAGUCUCUGUGAUGGAAUGGUAAGUUUAGUUGCUUCCUUUCUACAGGAUGGAAAAGUAUGGAAUACAAGUACUGAGUGAAUUCAGAAGGGUAUCUUUUGUUGCUCAAACUACCGGAAACAAUUUUGGGAAUACCACGUAUUGUCUUGACCAAAAAAUACAUGAGGUCAUAGUUCUCACACAAAUUGAAUUUAACAGCAUAACAAUGUUUUGCAUGACAUGUAAAUGUGAGUGGAGGGCAUGGGGUGGGUCUGUAGUAAUUGAAGUAAAUCUUAUUAUUUGCUUGCUUGCUGGAAAGGAAGGCAUCCACUCAUUAUUAAAUGAUACAAUUUGUGCAGUGUCAUAAAUCAUAAUGAUAAUCUCCUAUCAAAAUCUAGAUAAUUGCAAUUUGGUCAGUUACACAUGUGAGGCAUGAUUGCAAUUUCCUUGCAUAUGCAAAUGAAUCUGUUCAUAUAGCUAUAUGAACCCCUACUCAACCCUUCAUCAAACAUAUCAAAGGCUUCUAAUGGUUUGUUGGUUUAAAGAUUGAUGGGCCAGUGGAAAUAACAGAAACCUUAAUAAUACAUGUAGUAUUAAUUUAAUGGAAUUCCUGAUACUUCUCCCAUUUAUGGCAUUAGGUUUGAUGUUUGUGAUCUUGUAUAAUUCGGUGUUCUUUCUGUUUGUUUCU